UCUACGAGUGACUAUCAGCCGACAAAUUUCACCCUCCGGCCAACAUUUACGCCGCUGUCUAUCGGCACACCAUUCCGCUUUUCGCAGAAAUAGUCGCGAUCCUGUUUCACGUUUCGCUGCUGCGGCCCUUGGCCGGAGCCCUCUUCCCCUGUUCCGCCUCGCGAGAUGAGCGGUCUCGCCGACCCCCCGUCUAGAAAUACCGUAGUUUCUGGCGCUACAGAUGCGCCAGGCAGGACACGAAAGCUUCCUCUCCUCUCUUCCUCCGUUCCAUCUUCCGGUCAACCGAUGGGUGAUCCUAUGGAGGUCACUCCGCCUGCUUCAGCAGCGGCAACGGGCGCUGGGCCCUCGGUCCACAACAAUUCCGACAAUGAUCGAGCGGGCGGAAACACUAUAGCCACUUCCAAUGGUUCUACUGAGCCUGGGCAUGUGCACAAUCAUGCAGCGCCCAGCCAGGCCAUCGGAGCUGCGGCUGCAGCCCAGCAGCCCAAGGUUGUGCAAACUGCCUUUAUUCAUAAGCUGUAUAAUAUGCUAGAGGACCCAAGUAUCCAACAUCUAAUCUCAUGGUCCAACACUAAUGACAGCUUCGUCAUGUCGCCUACUUCCGAAUUUUCUAAAGUCCUUGCUCAAUACUUCAAACAUACCAAUAUCUCGUCGUUCGUAAGGCAACUGAACAUGUAUGGCUUUCAUAAAGUAAGCGAUGUGUUCCAUACUGGAUCUCCAGACUCAGCACUUUGGGAGUUUAAACACGGGAAUGGCAACUUCAAGCGUGGUGAUCUGAUUGGGUUACGGGAGAUCAAAAGGCGAGCGUCUCGACAUGCGUUGAUCCAUCGCGACUCGUUUCCGGGCCACAAAGCCGCUGCCUCCCAACCUGGCACACCAGCCGAACCGGUCCCUGAUGCCACUGAAGCUCGCCUGAUGAAUCUGGAGCAUACAUUGUACGACAUGCACAACCGCCUGGGUCGCGCCGAAGAAGGCAAUGCGGCACUCAAUGCAAGAUGUCUAGCCAUGGCCGAGAGCUUGAGCAGGUGCUAUCAUUGGACACAUUCGAUCUCGCGCUUUCUGCAAGGUAUGAUUCCAGAUCGUGAAGGUCUCCUGUACAGAGAUGUAUCCAGUAUGCAGGCAGAACUGGAGAAACAUCUCGACAGCGUGCGAGCCCUCGAGCACCCCCCUGAUCCCUACCUCUCUAUUCGACAGCCCUAUGUACCAACUGUAUCGGUUGAUCCAGGCCCACCUCUAUCCCCGCGCCAAAUGCCACAGGAAGACAGUCGUCGGCCUUCGGUGAUGGAUACGACCAGACCUAACAUGAUACGACCACCUGUUCCUUCACAUCUAGCUGUAUCGCCUCGUAGAUAUGGCUCAAUUGGCGCGGCAAAUUCCUCCCCAACUUACGGCCGCCCGCAGGUCCCGACAGUCAUUCCCCCACAACAGCCCAUGCCGCAUCCACUUUCAUCCGUCUCUUCCCCACCGGGCCCAAACUUGGCUCGUCGGCAUACAUCCGCAGACAUUCGGCAACAUGGCUGGCCGCCCCCUGGCGUGUCCCCAUUCCAGUCUGCUCAUCAGACUGGUACAGCAACAGCUCCCUGGUCUCCCUCACCACAUCGAACCCCAAAUUCAAGUGACCAGCAGGUUCGAGAAGUUCUGGCACAGUAUGAGAUGGGAGCACCGCGACGUCUGCAGGAUACCUCGCGUCACGCUACCCCUCCCUUGAAUCCCGAUCAAACAACCCCCGGACCUACCACCGAUAAUGGUUGGACAUUGGGUCCGAGAUUUCCUCGGCAUGACACCUCUUUGCCUGCAACAAGACGGUCAAGCAUGGCUAGCAAUGUUCAUUCAUUGCUAAAUCCGGCGGAUACCGCCGAAAGACCCGACGAGGAUCAGCAUGCCACGAUCGAGGAUCGAAAACGAAAGCGUCUGGAGUAGAUGAACAUCGGUUACAUUCUUGAGCUGUGCUCUUCGCGCUAAACGAUACAUCUGUUAGGGUCUUUGGCCUUUGACGACAAUAACACCAGGGAUCAGUUACUCGCUCAGCUUCGACCUUGCCGUGUGGCGUACAUUCUGGAAACAAAGAGACAAGCGCAAAGCUAAACUUUUAGUACUGCAUAUCCUGGGAUUUUCGUCAUACUAUCUGGAUUCUUCUAAUUGUCUAAACCUUGGUGAAUCGACAAUCACACAAUCCUUUGGCGAUCUGACUUGAUUGGGACUACGGAGGUCCCAAUUAUUCUUACUCAAGCUUAGGGAGGCGCGUAUUCCUCUUCCGCCAGUAUAGAUAUCUGUAUAACA